AUGUACUGCCCCGCCAAUACCCCCAUGGAGGUCAUACAGCAACAGAUCGACGACAUGGAAGAACGCGAACGGCGGCAUGAGGAGCUUAUGCAAUCAGUAUCAGUUCAACCUGUUCGCUCGCCACCUCAAUCUGCGAACGGCGACCAGCGCACAUCCCCGCGUAGCGAUGAUUCGCGCGUCUCCUCGUCCUCCAACCUCAAGAAGGUACAAGAGUUCCUUGAUGAGAAAGGUGGCAGGCCCUUGAAUCAAAUUGAGUUCGCCGGGCUAGUUUCCCUCCUCCAAAAUAGCGUCGAAGAAGACGAUGAUCGCGCAGAACCUUUCCGUUUCUCUAAGAGUCCAAGCACACCCGCCCGUGGCACUACCCCCACUAUCAACUUCUUGUCUCCCAGCACCUCGGAGCAGAUGGUUGGCGCAUCUGGGUCCGCAGCGCAGAACGGCCGUAAGACGUUGGCGAAGAACCCUAUGGGCGUCUACCGCUGGCAGGGUGGCGGAAGUGCUCGCCCUCGCAAUCGCUACCAAUCGCCCGGAUUUGGCUCUACGGCUGCUCGGCCUACAAUCAAGCUGACUCCGGAGAGGCCCAAGACGGACAGCAAGAGGAGGCGUGUAGGCGAUGAUGCCACAUCGUCCUCGCCGCAACGGGUCCCCAAGGCUAACGGCGUCUCCGCUGCUUCAUCCUCAUCCUCAACUUCCAUCAGCACAAUGGCCAACGGUUCCGUCGCAGCCAACGGCUCGCAGACUAACGGCAAGCCCAACGGCGUCCACGCCACUGCCGCACCUGCUACGCCACGCGUCCGCACAUCGGGUGUAAUCAAGCCUACCGCCCCUGCCGUGCCCUCACCCCUCCGUCAGACCUGGGGCCAGUCGGACUCACCUCCCCAAUCCUCCCCUUCCAAGGCUGCCAAGCCUACCAGAGCUGCAAGCUUCAUGACGGAGCUCAUCAAGGAGAUUACGCCACCCAAGAAACCUGAUUUCGCCAACCCUUACGAGGCUGCGAGUCCUCUAGUCAGGCCGGCACCCAAGAAACAGGCGGCGCGCAAGACGCGUAGCUCUGCCAAGGCCGAAGCCGAGAAGUUGGAGAAGGAGAAGGCGAAGACAAAGGAGUUGGAGCUCACGCCACAGGCAAUCAUCGAGGCCACCGUUCCUAAGGGAAGCAAGCGUUCUCGCCCGCCUCCGGAGCUCAUUGGGCAGAAAUCCCCGGCGAAGCGGGUCACCUCACCUCCCGAGUCCACGCGGCGUAGUGCGAGGACCAACGGCACGGGACCCUCCGUGAACGGCUUCAACGGCGUUUCAAAGACUGCCACUCCGGCCACUGACGAGGUGGUCGAGGAAGAGCAGCCUUCUCCCAAGAAGCAACGCACUUCUCAGGUGGCUCCUCCCAAGCCCACCAAAGCCUACCCCGUCACAGUCGAGGAGAUCGACGACGUCGAAAUGACGGGUUACAGCUCCCCCAAGCCUUCGACACUCACCUUGCCCUCCGAGGUCGUCGAGCCCAGCGAUGAGAAGACGGAGAAGAAGCGCGCCACCUCGCCUUCGUCCUCUACAUCCUCGUUCCCUGGCUUCGGCUCUCAACGCGCUGGCGCUGGGUUCGGUGCCCCUGGCAAGUCGUCCGCUCCCAAGGCUCCGUCGAAGCUCCGCUUCAGCAUCCAGGUCGAAAAGGACGAGAAGAUGGAGGUCGUACCUGAGUCUCCUGCUACCGCGGCGCCUCAGCCCGCGAAGACACCCGCAGCGGAAUCCAGCAAGCCGAAGGAUGCCCACGCCAUAGUCGCUGCUAUGCGCGAGGACGAGCUCCCGAAGUACACCUUCACGCUCCCGACAUCCUCUCCCGGCGCCGGGCCCAGCACCAUUCACGCUCGCCAGGUCGCCAAGGCUGCCCCCGUCUCCUCCCUCCCCACCUUCGACUUCUCCAAGGCCUCUGCAUCCGCGCCCGCACCCGCCGCGACGUCCUCCGGCGGAUUCAACUGGCAGGCCGCUGGAAUGAAGCCGCCUCCGAAGCCCUCUGGGGACAACUGGAGCUGCGGGGUGUGCAUGCUGCGCAACCCCUCGGGCACGGAGAAGUGCACGGUGUGCGACGCCCCGCGAGAAGACAAGCCGAAGCCGGCGGUGCAGGGCUUCGACUGGUCGAAGGCAGGCAUGAAGCCGCCGCCGAAACCUGCGGGCGAUACGUGGUCGUGCUCGGUCUGCAUGCUCAGUAAUCCUGGCGGUGCGGACAAGUGUACGGUCUGCGACUCGCCCCGGUGA